AUGUCCUUGAACUCAAACGACAAAAAAGACUGCGAUCUAUGUUUCAUUGUUAAAGCUCGACCCGACCUGAAUUGUUUUAAACCACCUGAUUCAAUUUUACAUGAUAAAGCUUAUUGGGACGAGUUUCUCACUCCCGUAAACGAAGAAUGUCCAUCUAGCCAGAAUAACGCUCCACACAAUCCUCCAACCUCACCCCCCGAGUCUAUUGAAAACCCCACAUCCGGUCCUUCAUCUGAGCUAAGUCACAAAAAACGCUCCAAACGCCGCCCAUCAUCGAAGGCUAAUCGAGGCAAACCAAAGCGACGCGCUUCUCUUCACGACUCGGACGACGAACCUAUAAUAUCCAAGGCUCGUCAUAAGCCAACUAAAUCAAAACGUAGAACAUUAUCAGAAUCAUCGGAUAAUGAGGAUGACGUGGAUGAUCUAUUUUUGUCGGAUUAUUCUGAACCUGAAACUAAAUUACGAUCAAAAAAUGAAUUAAAUACCAAAUACUCUAAAUUUCGUAAAAACCGUCAUGUACAUAGUCAGAAGAGGGCGAUGACGAAGGAAGUGCUAUCAAGAAGGAUUGUGCCGGAUUCGGAAGACGAAGAUCAAACUAGACCAGCUUUGGAGCCAAGUGGAAGUGAAAGUACAUCCGAGGAGGAAAGUAGUACCGAUGAUAGUUUGACCGAUAAAGAUGAGAUUGCGAAAAGAGAUGCAGAAUUCAUUGUCAACGAUAUGGCCGAUAAAGCUAAAGCUGUUCGCAUCCAAAAACAAUUGGCUGCGAAUAUCCCAACUCAGUUCCAAAUGAAUAACCUCGAUGAUUUAGGCAAUUUCAAGCUUGUCUGCAGGUAUCUGCUCAAUCGCAUCUUCUUACCUCAUACAAAUUGGUGGAAACGUGCAUCCGCAUAUCGGCAAAGCUAUGCGCGAAUAAGCACAGCUGUCAUCGGACCCAGGAUAUCCCUCCUCGAUUCUGCCGCUUGGAUCCCUGUCUUCAGACAGGCUCUACAAUGUCGGCCCCGUAUCAUCAAGAGCCUUCUGAAUCAGCAUCGUGUCGGUUGUGAUGCUUGUAAUAAUCGUACCAAGCACAGUACCUUUACGAUCAUCUUGAAUGGUCAUAAGUAUCAUAAUAUCAACUUGGAUAGAAUUUCAAGCGACUCUAGUAGUGAGAGCAGCGAUGAUAGUGAUGCACCUCCGACCAAGAAGUUUCGCUCGGCUAACCAGCCUGACCAGUACAAAUUCAUAUGUGGACAAGAUUGUGCCACCAAAGCAUUUGAAUUUCAUCAUUUCAAGCCAAUGGAUACAAUACUGACCAAAAUCAUUGAAAAUGGCCAAUUUUUUUGGCAACUUUGUACACUUGAUGACAUUGGUCAUGUGGGUUUGAUGUCUGGGAUGGAAAUCUAA